GAAAGACGGCAGUCGCACAAAAGUGGCAGAGGUUCGAAUCAAACAAGUGGCUUGUACAACUUUCUGCAGCUUGUGACGCAGCCUUUGUAUGGAACGCAUCGACCGCAUGAGGAUCAAGAGCCAUCCCACGAUCUCGCGCCGAGUAACUGGAGUCGUCAAAUGGCUUGUCUUGUCCUCGGUUGGACUUUGCCUUCUCUGGCUCACCCUGCAGAAGCUCCCCAAGGGGCUUACGUUGCCUCUGGGCAAAAGACGGCCAAUGUGGUUCCCAUCAAAGCAGAGGGCCCCACUGUCGCCGUUCUUCGCAGCUGACUACGACGGCAACUCGUUCGUGUUACGCGGGAAGCGCGUCCAGAUUAUGUCGGGCGCCAUCCACUACUUCAGGAUUCUGCCAGAGCUCUGGAAGGACCGCCUCAUGACCAUGCAGGCGUCCGGCUUGAACACCAUAGAGACCUACGUCGAGUGGAGCAGCCAUGAGCCCGAGGAUGGCCAGUACGACUUCGAGGGUCAGCAGGACCUGGCCCGCUUCCUGCGGCUCGCCCACAGACUCGGCUUCAUGGUCAUCCUCCGCCCAGGCCCGUACAUUUGCGCCGAGCGAGACUUCGGAGGCCUUCCGUACUGGCUCUUGCGAAAUGGUUCGUCAAUUCGGGUUCGGACAACGGACAAAGAUUACCUCUACUAUGUGGAUAGAUUUCUAUCUAAAGUCUUCGAGAAGGUGCGCCCAUUCCUCAUCAGUAACGACGGACCAGUCAUAAUGGUGCAACUGGAAAACGAGUACGGCAGUUACGAUGCUUGCGACCCCGCGUACAUGGUGCACCUGCGGAACCUGGCAAGGACCCACCUCGGACCAGACGUGGUUCUGUUCACCACGGACGGCUACCAGAACACACUAAUGCUCAAGUGCGGCCGAGUGCCCGGAACGCUCACUACCGUCGACUUCGGUACUGACGUGGAACCCGAAACGCCGUUCGCGAUGCGGCGGCGUUACCAAGCGGCGGGCCCCCUGAUGAACUCGGAGAUGUACACCGGGUGGUUGGACAACUGGGGCCUGCCCAAGAGCCAAGUCGAGACGUCCGUUCUCGUCAAAAGGAUCCGCCAGCUGCUGUCCAUGAACGCCUCUUUCAACCUGUAUAUGUUCCACGGCGGAACUAACUUCGGAUUUAAAUCUGGUGCCAACGACCACAGUGGCUUCCAGCCACAGAUUACCAGCUACGACUACGACGCGCCUAUUAGCGAGGCUGGCGACGCGACCGAGAAGUUCAAGGCCAUUCGUGAACUCAUAGAUGAGUUUUUUCCGGGCAGAGUGAAAGCAAAAAUCCCGCCUCCGAAAAAGAAAAUGGCUCUUGCGGACAUCACCAUGAAAAGGAUGUUCGGCCUGAAGACGCUGCGGCAGCUGAUGUCGAACCGAACCGUAAACUCGACCUACCCACUGACGUUCGAGCAAGUCGGCCACGCCUACGGCCUAAUGCUAUACGAGACCAUGGUCCCCUCCGACUUCGUGGCACCUUCGGUUCUGAAGGUGGACGGCAUCCGGGAUAGAGGCUAUGUCUACGUCGACGACGUAUUCAGGGCCGUCGUCUCCCGUGCGGACCAAGCUCUCAAUGUCGCCUUUGAGGUCAAGUCCGGGCAGACCCUGUCGAUCCUCGUGGAGAACCAAGGGCGCAUAAACAUGGGAGCUAUUGUCGACCCCAAGGGCAUAAUAAACAAUGUGACGCUCAACAACCGGCUCCUGAGCAACUGGACAAUGCGGCCCAUCGACCUGACCGAAGGUGCCUGGCUUCGGGACUACAAGGCACUCGAGGAGCUCGAACCUGCAGAGGAGACGAUCACAAGUGCCGGGUUGGCGGUGUACGCGGCCAACUUCAUCCUGCCGGACAGCGCCUACGACACCUUCUUGCUCAUCGAGAUGUUUAGAAAGGGGAAUUUGUGCCGUCGCCGCGGUUCAAUCUCGCGUGCGCAAGCGAGGAACGCGGCCCGGAUGCACGCCCUCUCCUGUGGCGUGCGAGGCAAAGGGGGUCAGGCGAGGGAGGAAGGCCGUUCUUAUCCGGCGGCUGCCAUGGUGUCUCGAUGUCCUCCUCGCCCGCCGCUCCGCAUAGAGUGGAGACAACCGGUGUCUACUGCGGCAUUAGCCAUGCGAAUCCCGGACGCCGUAGUAAACGCCUUUGGCGGACGCCGUAGGGACGCGUUGCCGGCGCUCGGUAUUGCCAUCCUGAAUGGGUUUAAUCUUGGCCGCUACUGGACAUCGGCAGGCCCACAGAAAACUCUGUACGUGCCGUCAGUGCUCUUCAGGGAUGGUGGGAACUUGCUCCUGCUGCUGGAACUGGAAGCCGUCCGGUGCAAGGCCAAGAAGCCCAAGCCGUGCAGCGUGGACUUCGUGUCCAAGCCACGUUUCGAUGGGCCGCUACACUGGCCUGUCUAAUAAAGAAUAUCCUAGGCGCAUCACAGAUUUCUCAGAGAAAAAUUGGUCCUGAUCAAGGGAUAGA